AUACAUAUAGUCUAUUAACAUAGCAUGAUGUUCUAAAUGUUAUAAUCUACACGCUCUAGCUUUAAGUUUUUAGUCUUUGACAUGAACUUGGUAUGUUGACCUUGGCAAUAGAGACAGAACCAUGCUUUGACCAAGGAUGUACAUAGAGUAUAUGCCAAAGAGUUAGGUAUGCAAAUAUAGUUGCUUGAUUGUAAUAUUGGCCUUAAGGCAAAAAGCUCUAUUUGUCCUUUUGGUUAGAAGACUUCAACAUGACAAUUAGAUUCUAAAAUUCCAUACGAGCAAAAAGUUCUCUCAAACCUUCAUCUCUCUCUCUCUUGAAAAGCCGCUAUACACCAUUCAACUCUCAAUUUCUUAAUUAAAUUGCCAAAGAAUUCUCGAAUUCUUUCUUUGUGGCCCAAAAUUGUCUUUAGGCUAUCAAAUUGAACUGCAGGGUUUAGAGGAAACUGUUUUGUUAAAUAAAAUGGCAGCAAGUGGUGGCACUCAGCAAAGCUUUAGGAAAGCUCUUGGAGCUCUAAAAGACUCAACGAAGGUUGGAUUGGCCCAAUUAAACAGCGACUACAAGGAGGUAGAUGUUGCCAUCGUCAAAGCCACAAGUCAUGUUGAAGUACUGCCAAAAGAAAAACAUAUAAGGACUAUCAUUGAUGCGGUUUCAGCUUCUAGACCUCGGGCUGAUGUUGCUUACUGCGUACAUGCUCUUGCCAAACGUCUUGCUAAAACACACAAUUGGGCAGUUGCAUUGAAGACUCUAAUCGUUGUACAUCGUGCAAUGAGGGAGGUAGAUCCUACAUUUCGUGAAGAACUCAUUAACUAUAGCCGGAGCAGAGGACUUAUUUUGAACGUAUCACAUUUCAGGGAUGAUUCAAGCACAAAUGCAUGGGAUUAUUCUGCUUGGGUUCGUAACUAUGCUUUAUAUCUUGAAGAACGCCAGGAAUUCCUCCACAUACUGAAGUAUGAUGUCCAGACAGAUCACUCGAGAACCAAGGAUCUAGACACUGUAGACUUGCUUGAGCAAUUACCUGCUUUGCAACAGCUUCUUUUUCGCCUUCUUGCUUGCCAGCCCGAGGGAGCAGCUCAAAAUAAUUUGUUGAUUCAAUAUGCGCUUACAAUCGUUGCAGCUGAAAGUAUAAAGCUCUAUGUAGCUAUUACUGAUGGAACUCUCAAUUUGGUUGACAAGUUUUUUGAGAUGCAGCGCCAUGAUGCUGUUAGGGCACUUGAAAUUUAUAAGAAGGCAGGGAAUCAGGCAGAGAGUUUAUCUGAGCUCCUUGAGAUCUGUAGGGGCCUUGGUUUUGGACAUGGGCAGAAAUAUAUUAAAAUAGAACAGCCUCCUGCAUCAUUUAUGACAGCCAUGGAAGAUUAUGUGAAGGACGCCCCACAAAUUUUAAUGCUUACAUGGAGACCGAGCAAUGGCGAGGGAGUUGAUACUCCUAAAGCAAUAGCUGCUCCUAAUCCUGAUUUCGAGACUGAUAGCGUGCAAGAUACUGAGGUUGAGGAAACAUCAUCAGAUCCAUCAUCAUCAGCACUUGCUACAUCACCUCAACUCCUGAAGAACAACCGGGAUGAGGUUGUUGCCUCAACACAGGUUGAUCUCUUGGGUCUGGAUUAGUCAAUCGUAGAAGCAUUUGAAUUGGGUGAUAAAAAUGCCCUUGCUCUUGCAGUUGUUACUUCUGAAUAUCCAGCAAAUUCCGCAGUCAGUUCAAAUCUUGCAAGUGAAUCUACCAGUUGGGAGCUCGCACUCGUUACAGCACCAAGCUCUAAUGGAGCUGCAGUUGCAGAUAGUAAACUGAGUGGUGGACUGGACAAACUAAUCCUAGAAAGUUUAUACGAUGAUGCAUUGGCAAGAACAAGAACAAGAAUAAGAACAAGAACAAGCACAAACCACGAUGAAAACUACCACCACCAAAUGACGCUACAGGUGGAAAGUCCUUUGGAGGUUGUUCCUUAUAACCACCACCAAGACACAUUUUAUGCUUCAAACAACAUAGCACCCCCAACUGGUAUGCAGAUGGAAGCCAUGCCCCAACACCAACACCAGCAACAACCCAUGAUGAUAGGGCACGAUCCAACAAAUCCCUUUGGCAAUCCAUUUCUUGAUCAAGCUGCUGCCUCAUCAUCUUAUCUGUCACAGAAUCCAUUCUCAGCGUUGAUUUAGGUGAAGAUGUGGGAAAUAACGAUGGGUUUUCAUCCAUUGCCCGAGACACUCUCAAGGCAAAGGAGGGGGGCAAUUGGUGUAGAGGAGAGUACUGCAGAAGUUUGAUAAGAAAAGCACCAGGCCCACCCUUUUAUCCUUAAGAGAUUUUCCUUCAGGCUGUGUUGACCCACCUACCGCCAAUGCUUGACACGGUUGUACAUAUGAAUCCCCAUAGUAGCUCUUUCUUGCUCUCUCACAUACAUGGUGAUUGUACAUAUGAAUCCCAUAGCUCUUUCUUGCUCUCUCAUGCAUCAUCAUAGGAAAAAAGAAGAUUAACAAAA